GCCAAAAGCCGCCCAUGUGGAUCAAAAUCUUCUCUUUUUGAAUAGGACUUUUGAACUGGAAAAAAUCAGAUCAAAAGGCAAAAGAGUAGGAACAAGUCAUACAUAUGACCACAGUAUUCAAACCUUGUACAUCAUUUGUUUUGCUUCUCUUAUACGUAUUUUCCAAAUCUCAUGCUCUCUUCAACUAAUAUAUAAGUGCAAGUGGUAGCUCUCAUCUCCAUAAACAAGCUUUCCGGUGGAUCCGUUCUUGUUUCAGAAAAAAUUUUACCGUAAAAAUAAAAUAUGGGCGUCACGUGUUUUACCCAGGAGUUCGCGUGCCCAAUUGCACCAGCUCGCAUGUUCAAGGCCUUGAUCUUGGACUCCAGCAACCUAAUCCCAAAGCUCUUGCCACAAUUCAUAAAAAGCGUCGAAGUAAUCGAAGGAGAUGGAGGCGCAGGAAGCAUUGAACAGGUCAACUUCAGUGAAGCUAGCCACUUCAAGUAUGUGAAGCACCGGAUUGAUGAGCUCGACAGAGAGAACUUUGUGUGCAAGUACACCAUGAUUGAGGGUGGCCCGGUUGGUGACAAGCUCGAAUCUAUUGAUUACGAUGUGAGAUUUGAAGCAGCUGGCAGUGGAGGUUGUAUUUGUAAGAUGACAAGCAAAUACACCACCAUUGGUGAGGCCGAGGUCAAGGAAGAAGAAAUCAAGUCCGGAAAGGACAGCGCCAUGGGGAUUUACAGAGUUGUUGAAGCCUAUCUUCUGGAGAAUCCUCAUGUCUAUGCUUAGCCUGUUCUAGUUCCUUGCCUAUAUAUUUACCAGAUAGCGACAGGGCGAGAGUUUUCUUUGUGAUUGUGUGACCAAAUUUGAUGUUGAAAUUGGAUGAAGUUCUUCUUUCUGAACUCCUUAAAAAAAAAAUAAGACAGAGCUAAUAGCACUGAAACAAUUUCUCAGA